UGAAAAACUUUAAGGAAAAGAUAUUAAAAAAAUAUAAAAUUUGCAUUACAUUUAUUCAUUAAAAAAAUUAUAAAAGUACUGUUAUAUUUCAAAUACCAAACAUUUUAUACAAAAUUUAAAAGUUUUAGUAAAAUAAAAAAAUACAAAAUGAAUAAAAAAUUUGUACUACUUACGUCAAAUCAAACCCCUUCAAAAAAUCCCUAUGAGAUACGAACAUAUAUGGGAGAAUCACUAAGUUCGCCAGAACCGGAAUGGCAUACCGGCAAAUGUGUUUAUCAGCGUGAUUGUGAUGUUCCACAGAACUCGACUAUAGCUAAAGUUUUAACGCUACAAGAUGAAAUUCGUAAACUUCAUCAAAAAACUAAACAAAAUAUUUUCUUAAGACCAUUCUGUAAGCAAUGCAAAUACGAAGAUCACUUCACGACGUGUGUAGUACCGCAGAGAACAUCCGAACAAUUAAGACAGCACGCUGUAAUGUGUGAAAAUUGUCUUAAGGUAAAACUCGAAAUGAACGAACGUGCUAGCGACGUGGGCAAUUUAUAUUCCCAUCAUAAAAGUUUAAUUCGACUAAUAGAUCCGGAGGAACAGAACGAAGAUGAAGAAAUGGAUGACUCUGAAGGAGGCGAAGGCAUUAUACCCGAGCUAGCUAGCCCGGAGUGUAGCCGUGAAUAUAUUUAUGUGCCACAAAAAAAAUUGCUCGAACUAAAACGUCCCAAAAGUGGUUUAUACGUCAAUGAAACUGAACGACCACCAUUUUAUCCCAGUGAUCACAUCCCUUACAGUACUUACAAUCCGCGAGUGUUGCAGGAGCAAUUUGAUGCUCAAGGUCUAAAGAAAAUUGAUUUGAUUCCUACUAAGAAUAACGAAGAUUUGUGGACAUGGAAUGUCGGCUUACAAAAGACAGAAAGUGAAUUGGAUCGUAUUUUUAUUGAGGCAGCUGUGCCAAAAUUUGAAUGUAACAAUCUGGAAUUGGGUGUUUAUAGAAUACCUAAGGAUUUAGACAAAACCUUUUUUGCUGGUAUAGCAUUUGGCACGAAAGCUGUACAGCCGCAUCCGAUACCGAGAAAGAAGCCCCACUAUCAGAGGCCCCUUGAAAUGGCCUGUCUGUAUAUUGCCUUCAUUGAGGGCUUCCGUUUAAAUGCUGAAUUUUGGGCGGCCGUAACUAUGGAUAAUAUCUUAAAAAUGGCUGAAAAGCUUGUUGAGAAGAGUGUUAAAUUGAAUUACAAAUCGCCAGACAAUGACUACGAUAUAAUUCCCCAAAUCAAUGAACGACAAGCUGAACUUAAUAUAAAAGCACAUUUUGCGGGCCCUCUGAAAAGUGAACCUAAUAUCUACAAAGCCCUGAGUAUAUAUUUCUCCAAAUAUAACGCCUGUAUUUUGUGUUCGAACAAAUUGUAUUUAUUGAUAUGGAAGAGAUGUAAGAAUUUAUUUUAUGUCUACGAUCCUAAUGGUAGAACUGAGAAUGCAACUCGGGAUUUUGAGAACGGCAAGUGUGCUUUAAUGUCCAUAAACUUUGUCGAGCAUUUAGUACAUUUCAUAGUGAAUAUAAGCGAUACAAAUUUGGAGGAUGAAUUUAGACUCUAUGAGAUUUUCCUAACUAGCUAUGGCAAAAUUCUUGAUCCUCUACCCACGAAACCAUUUCCUAAAACUAUUCAUAAACAAUGGGCUGUGGUAAAUGAGUCAUACGCUGUUAUACCGGGCUGCAAUAAUGGUUUGUGGCAGCCCACUACAUCGGCCCUAGAUAAUCCCUCCAUGCUGAUAUCGGUAAUGGCCAUACUUUAUGCCCACAUUGAACGUGGUAACAGCUGGAAACCAGAUCAAGUAGACGAACUUAUACGACUGGGUACCGCCUACUACAAAAGUCUAAGGAGAAAAUUAAAACUGAAGGAUGCCCAGCACGUUACCAUAGUUGAUUUGCCAGAUAAAUACGUCUUGGGAACGUUUAAGGCAUCUCUGAAAAAGUCCCCAUUUAUGAACACUGGAACCGUGACAGAUUUAUGCAAGAAAUUUAUGGAUUCCGUCUUGACUAGUGCUCUGCAGGAAUUAUUCGAUAAAAAGUGGGAAGCGGCUCUACUUCAAAUCGAUAAUUCUGUUUUGGGUCUAUGGCGUGAUAGUGAAUUGUUUUAUGUCUACGAUCCCUUUAGGAGAGGUAAGGCUGGUCAGGUGUUAGAUCCAGAUGACUAUAGAAUCCAGGGUGCUGCUAUACUACAAAUACAUGCCAAUAUUGAGUCCGUUCUAAGGAUAAUGCAUGAAAAGUCCCUCAAAUUGCGAAGAGGAGGUAAAUUUUUCAUACACGCCAUCAGUGUAGGUUGCAUUAAACCCAUUAUGGAUGGUAAGCAAAGGAAGCAGAGAUAUCCAAAGUUAAAGCUAACUCCAGAAACAUAUGUGCAACCAACUGAAAAGCUGCCGGAAGAGGGACAAGGCGAUAUAUCAGAAGAAGGUGCUCAAAUUAAAAAAGACAAUAAGAAGAACAAAAAAGAUAAAAAAUCUAAAGACAAGAAAAAUAAGGUGGACAAAGUGUGUAGUAUUGAAACUUUGGAUGAAAAGCAACGAAUUAUAGUUUUUGAAAAUUCCGAAAUAGUAGAACCCAUGAUAGAUGAAAUAAUAUGCGAUAUUAUUGAUAAAUUUCCUGAAAGCAUAAUAGGUCGUCCCAAGUUAUACAAAUCUGCGGGUCGUGUUCUAUUACGCUCUGAUAAAGAAUACUUAGAAAAUCUAAAGUAUUUGGUUAAACAUGAAGAGGAUUACGAUAAUAUGGAAAUGUCCUUCAAAACUGAGCCAGAAACCAAUACACCCGUUAUAUCAUUGAAAGAAGAACUACAAAUGCCCAGUAAUUUCCAAUCUUUACCAGAUGGCACCUGGAUUAUUUUCGGUUCUCAACUGGUGCCUCAACUCGAUGAGGCACAACUUAAACUUAAGGCUCUUCUAUCCAGCAUCGUAAGUGUCGUUCUUACGGCGAAAUAUAAAAUAUCAACUUGGUCUACCAAAUUAAUUGACUACGCUAUGGAUGCAGUCGAUAACUUUAGUGAGGACUUUCCAACAUAUCAAUAUGCUUUGGGAGCUUUGUUACAUAGGAGCGUACCUAAGAUAUUGCUGGGUGAUAGAACCUAUGAAGUAAAGGUGCAAAAAAUCUUAAGAUCGGAUAUACAAAAAACCUUGAGAGAGGCGUUGAUAGAGACCUUAAUAGAUUUUAAUCGUUUAUUGGUAAUUUGUCAAAGAUUCUGUUGUCUGAUAGUCAAAAGAUACAAUUUCCUCUAUAUGCAUUGCGGCUUUCCCGUAAAUACCGUGGGUUACAGAAAGUUCAACACGGGACCUGGCUGUCUGAUUCGCUUCGUUGAGCUGGAUCCUCUAAUUAGACGCAUUGAAUUCGGUUGCAAUCCUCAGGGUUGUGACAUCUCGAAUUAUGUUGUCGUUCCACUAAAGGUGUAUGAUAUAACUCCAGAAUCUAUGGGCCGUUAUAGAACAUUGCCCCAGAAUAUAGAGCAACAAAUGUAUAAUGUGGCAUUAGAUGAGAAAUCUCGGUUUGAAGAAAGCAAAAAGUCCAAAAUGCGUUUCCUUAAUGAGGCAUUGGCCAAAGAAGAUCGUCGUAUAAAAGAGUUCAUGUCAGAGCGAGCAACAAGAAACAGAAAUAAAGCACCAAAAACCAAUAGUUUAGAAGGAACUUCUGUAGGCAAAUUUAGGAGUGAGGACAACAUCGACUACGAAGAUGAAGAAUUCCUCGACGAAGAAGAAGCUGUUGAAGAAUGCACAGUUGAAGUCAAACAUGAGUUUGGUACAGAGUUAGGCACAGCUGGAGAUGAAGAGUAUCUAAAACCACAACCCAUACUCUAUGGUUACAGGAUGAGCGAGAAGGAUUUAUUGUAUAAAAUACAAGGUAGCAAAGCCUUAGAGGGACGGACGAAUUGUAUUUAUGAUGCAAUUAAACCCUGCUUGUUUGCCAGUGCCUUGGCCAUUUUGUAUGCCAUACUAAAACCGCUUAAUGAAUGGACUUCUCAUCGCAUUGACCAGGUUAUUGAUUCAACUUUAGUACUAAGUGAUACAAUAAAAGAUAUGUCCAAUGCCCAAGAAAGAAUUAUCAAAAAUGUAUCCGUGGAUGACUAUAUUUUUGAUAUUUGGUUAAGAGUUAAUGAACCUCUUGGUUUAAUCGGUAAUCUUGAAAAUCAACUGGAACUAGUUUUGUCUCAGAACAAAUAUUUAAUUUUGCAGACUGCAAACUGUUCUUAUACAUUAGGAAAAGAUGAGUAUUAUCAUUUAUUUGAUUCUUAUCAAAGCAUGGAACUAAUGGACAGUUGGGAAGAAGAGGAUAUAUGUGAAGAAGAGGAUAUACAUGAACAGAAACGGCAACAUAAAUAUCCGAAAUCAAUAAAGCGUUAUGGAGAACGAAAUACCGCUUCUUGGAUACUGUUUGCCGACAUAAAGUCUAUGAUAAAGUAUAUGAACCAAAGAGCUUGCAAUCAAACAUGGAAAGAAGACCGGGUAUAUAAAUUUAUGAUCAUGGAAAUAGUAUCCUUUAAAAAGGCCGCACAAAGCACAUUUGUCCUUCAAUUACUCACAGGCAUGCAAUCUUGUAAUGUGCAAGUUGAACAGGAGACAUCCAUAUGUGCCCAUAACGAGUCCAUUGCUUGGCUAGAGCACUGUCUUCCCAUUUGGAGUAGGCUGAAUAGAAAAAAUGCAGCUGGACGAUAUCGCGGUAUGGUCGUUACGAAAUUGAAAAAUUAUGACAUCGAAAUUGAUCAACGUCUAUGGUCCUUAUGGGGAAAUUUACAUCCGCAGGCUCCAGUUUUCGGAAUGUCUACAAGAGGCAAACAACAUCUGGCUUGCUGUGUCAUGUCCUUAUGUGCCGCCAGUCUUUACAGGCUGGUCGAUUGGAGUCCACAACUUUUAGACUCGAUAAUUGUCAAUGGAGAUCGUUAUAUGCAACAGAGCAUGCAGAGUAUUAAAUGCGAAGAUUAUCAAUUCGCCUUGGAAAAUCUCGAAGUUGAAUGCCAGCUGGACAAUGUGGAAUUUUACAUUCAUAUUGAAAUGGUGGCCUAUGGCAAGCUAUACAGUAGUCCCAAUUACAACUGCAUGAAUUUGGCCGAAGCUAUUAUGUAUUUCUUUAACUAUUUCCAAUUUGGCAUACUGCAGUCUUUUAAAAAAUGCUUAGCUAUUGGUUUUAUGCCCGGUCGUGAUGGUGGUUACUUCAUGUUCGAUUGUCAAAGUCAGGAUCAUCCACUCUUUCCUAAGGGUCAAGGUGCCUCGUACAUAUUACGCACUAAAUAUCUGCAAAUUCUUUUGUAUUGCAUCGUGAUUACUCUCAACAUUCCCUACUAUAAUGUCCAAUUCACUUUGCACAAAGUGAACUUGUUGGCCAAGAAUCAGCAGGGCUACAAAGAGAAACAAGCUGUUGAGAAUCCUUGAAAAAUACUAUUGUUAUAAGUUUUAAAAGUAAUCAUUAGAACCAAUUCUAAAAUUGUAUGUGUGUCGGUAUUUUUGGAACAAAUUAGUUGUAAAUUUGUAUUGUAUUGUUCAAAGGUUUUUACAAAUAAAUUCAAAUAAAUAU